AUGUCGCAGGAUACGACUAAUUUGGCAAUCCUUUCUGCAGCCGGUACUACAAAGCAACAGAAGCAUGCUGCACGGAUUAUGCCGAUCCGAAAAAAUGGUCAUUUGUUGUUGACAGCAUUGCUACUGACCAACACUGUGUUAAACGAAACGCUUCCUAUUCUUUGUGAUGGCUUAUUUGGCAAAGGCAUGUGUUAUGUCGCCGUAAUCAUCUCUACUGUACUUAUUGUCCUUUUCUCGGAGAUUCUGCCGCAGGCCAUUUGCUCUCGCCAUGGUCUCGCCAUAGGCGCAUUCUUUGCUGUUCCUGUACGAAUACUUAUUGGAUUCUGGUACAUACUUGCUUGGCCUAUUGCAAAGCUUUUGGAUAUUGUACUAGGCAAAAAUAGUGGCGUUAUAUAUGGUGUUGCGGAGCUCCGAGAACUGAUCAACCUUCAUGGUGGAUCACCGCCUUCUUCACCGUGUAAUGAUCAACAUGUUAGUGGUCCCUUACACAACAGCACAGUACAGGUGCUUCGCAACACGUUGGAUUUGUCUUUAUUCUCAGCAGGCGAACUUGUGAAUCCAGCUCGACAGCCAUUUAUGCUUCAUAUUGACACACAGUUGGACAAUGAAAUCAUGAAUAGCAUCCUGCAAAGCGAAUGCACUGCUAUUCCUGUGUACAGACAUAGAAAGACAAGUGAUGGUGUUGAUGAUGACAUUAACGGUGAAGCCCACCGAAUCAUCCUCGGUGUUCUGAAAACCAAGUAUCUUUCGGUAUUGGAUCCAGCGGAUAAGACACCAUUAAGGAAGAUUACUCUCGAACCUGUUCUGCAAGUACCUUCAUCGACACCGGCCAUCAAACUUUUGCAAAUGCUUGAAAGUGAUACCAGUAUGUCUGUGUAA